GUUAUUCAGACGUACGAAGCUUUGAAAGAUAGAACUAGUGUUUUACAUAUCAUUUAUCCGGAAGUCCUUCCGCAGUACUGGAACAUUAAAAUAAGAAUCAUUCUCGUCGUAUAUAAAAGGAUUGUUCUCAAAACUAAUCGUCGUCAGUUUACCGAGGAUCGGCAUAGCGAUGGCUUCUAUACGAGAGGUAUUAAUAUUUUCGAUGAUCGUUGCUACGGUCAUUGGACUUCCAUCGAAAAGUCAUCGAGGAUCUCACGGACAUCCAAUACCACCGGAACCGAGGAAUCAAGGAAACUUCGAGGUUGGAUACAAUCACGAAGAAAUCGCAAGACGAAUCAAUUCAUGGAAACCGGAAGAUCCGGAAAAUAUUUGGGAACUGAGUGGUCUUUACCAAGGUGACAUAAUGCUUUCUCCAAAUAAUAAAAUAAGCGAUAGAAAUGGUAUUUUGGAUACUACGACACGUUGGCCCAAUGGCAUAGUCCCAUAUUAUAUCGAGGAGGAAGAUUUCGAUCGUUCGGAUAUCAAGGUGAUAAAAAGUGGCAUAAAGGAGUAUCAUAACAAGACCUGCUUACGUUUCCGUCCGUACAAAGAAUCCGAUACCGAUUACGUACGAAUACAGGGUAAUAGAUCCGGAUGUUGGUCCAUGGUAGGCCGUCAUGGAAAGGGACAGGUAUUAAACUUGCAAGUUGGCGGAUGCGUACGACACGGUGUCGUUGUUCACGAGCUGAUGCAUGCUCUGGGAUUUUAUCACCAACAGAGUGCCGCUAACCGUGACGAAUGGGUCGUAAUACAUUGGGACAACAUAAAACCGGGAAAAGAACACAAUUUCAAGAAGUAUGAUCAAGAUACCGUCACGGACUUUGGUUAUCCUUAUGAUUAUUCCAGCGUGAUGCAUUAUAGUGCGCAUGCCUUCUCUGCGAACGGCCAAGAAACUAUUACACCUAAGGUCGAAGAUGCAAAAAUCGGACAACGUAACGGGCUCAGUAAAAUCGACGUGUCGAAAUUACAGGCUAUGUACAAAGACGAAUGUGACAACCGUGAGACAGAGGAAAAGAUUACUAGCGAAUCAGAGGAAGAUCUUUCUUUUAUCUGGACAUUGGAUUAAAAGAAAUAUAUUUAAUCUUAACAGUUUCUAAAUAAAAUAUGAGCUAUUUAUUGGGAAUGGACUCGAUGUAGAAAGAAAAGGAAAAAAGGAAAAAAAAAAAAAGAAAAGAAAAAAAAAAAAAAGAAGAAAAAAUAGAAAGAAAGAAAAUAAAGUUUAAUUAAACCAACGUAGGAUAUAUAAAUCUUAUAUAAUAAAAAUAAUAAUAAAAAAAAAAAUCCGAUCUUAUAAAAAAGACCCUAUCACGUAGAAAUAGUGAAUUUCAUUGAGGACUAGAAGUACGUUUAAGUAUUAUAAAUUUAUCGAAAUUACAUAACGUAGCUUUACAUGAAAAUAUUUUAUAUAUUUUCUUUUGAUGAUAUUAUAAAAUCUCUUUAUAACUUAUAAUUGAUUUUAAUUAUUGAUACGUUUGGCCCCAUUUUAUAACGAUUAAUUCCCUUAAAUUAAUUCCCUGUUCAUCAACCAGCCGGACUCAAUUGAUUAUAGUACGUUAAUUGUUUAAGUUCUCCAACCGCGUCUUCGGCAGACUAAAAUGAAUAUAAAU